AUGUCAGGUCUAUUAGGAGAAGUCGGCACCCCGUGCCCAUCAAGAUUCUCUCGAUUUGACCGGGGCAGCGGAGGAGAUAGCUCGUCUAACAAGCUGUGGGAGGAUAGCUUGGAAAACUGUGACGAGACGGCCAACAUCGAGUUCACCACCGAGAUCAAAGCACCGCUUCUAACAGGAGUCAAGCCCCGCCGAAGGACCAAGACCGGCAGCUCUUUCGCUAUCCACCAUGAUGGUGAACAGAAUCUCGUGCAAACAGCCAACCCGAGGAGAAGGGAAACCCGCCCAGCAGUAGCCCCUUCAGGUCGCAAGAUGUCUUUACUAGCCCAACCAGCCCAAAGGUUCCGUCCGAAGGCCAGUUCCACGGCUAGUCCACCCAGGAAUUCGAAGCCACUGGGAGAACCCGAGAAGAGAUUGCGAAAUACAAAGCUAGACGCCCAAAAGAACAGGGAGCUUCUGAUGCAGAUUAAUGAAAACGGACGUAAAACUCCAUCGAAGAAUGCUUUGAGGACCGACGUGCGCCGCAACACGGUGUAUAUACCGACGGAUGACACCACGGUUGCAAGCCUGUUUAUGGGCAUAUCAAGCCCUGCCAAGUCUAACAAUGUUCAGUAUUACGUCCCGGAGGACACUCGGGUUAACACCUUGGAGUCACAGAUUGCUAGGAAGCGGCAGGCAAAACGUUCUUUGGCUUCAUCCGCGCAACGAAUUCCGCUUCAACCAAGCGCGAAAGUCAAGCAGGAACCUUGUAUUCACGUCGAUAUUGCUGGGAAGAACGGUGGAAAAGAAAAUGUUCCCCCUGGAACUUGUCUUCUCGACAAGGAGAAGGGCAAGGUUUCUCAGUCCAUGAAGAUCAAUGACGAAUUUGAAAACCCUCGUACAGCUUCGAAACCCGCACAAACUCAACUGCGUGGAUACCCCUCUACAAAGUCGAUGAAUCCACUCGCAGCAAGGCCUGUUAACGGGACCAUAAAGCGAACAGUGACAGGAGAAAAUAGAAACAAUGCCAAAACACCAUCUGUCCAUGCACGAGGCAGCAAGGUAGAAAAGCGAAGAACAAACGUCAAUCGUACCCCGUCAGUUUCAAAGAAUUCGACGUUUGCGAACACGUUGAGGAACUCUGAGAUGCGCGCCAAUCCCUCCAAAGACUCGGUAGUGCGCCCUAAAUCGAAACACAUUGACGACAAGUAUCCUCUGGUGAAGGAGGACAUCACAAACCCGGAGUUGUAUGAAGAGGACUGGCUUUCCCAUCAGGAGAUCAUGAUAACCCAACUGGCCAAUGGGCUUUUCGAUCAAGCCAAUGAGAGUUUAAGCUUCAAAGAACCAACAGUGCUUCGACAAGAGCUGCUCAAGCUCUACCAAACCACAUCAUUUGCACAUCUUUAUAAGAGGGUCCAAGCAUCGUUGCUAUAUGGUGCCAUGAGUAUCCCGAAGGAUGUGCUUGUACGCAAUGACCGGCUGCAGCAGGAUGUGGGAAUGAAGCGGAGAUUCUUGGACUUUUGGAUGCAAACAUAUGAUCCGCGGGCGUUACGAGCCGCGGUGGAGACAGUCACAGGAAGGAGGAUGACCGAUAACAAGUUGGACCAGGAGACCAGUCAUAGCCAUCCUGACAUGGACUCUGGCAAUGGGAGAGCACUCAAGAGAGGUCUAGAAAAUUUCUUGAAUACCUUUUUGCUGCAAAACCAAGACAUGGAGCGAUAUGCUAGAGAGUUCAGCUCCAGCGAUUUAGAGGUAGGCACGACAUAUCAUCGAACUGUUCUUCGCAGCAUCAUGAUCGUCAUCCUCUUGGACAAGGGAAUGUCAAGUCCAGGGACGGUACUUCCCCGUUGCCUUUUUCUUCGUUCGUCUCAGCUCAAGUCCUCUGCCGCUGUGAUCCAGGCCUUGGCUCGGUUUCUUCUGCCCUCUUCCGGAGACAUUACUAAGACUCUUGGUCAUUUAGACUGUCAGUUGGUCUAUGAGCAAAGCGCGCUGCAGGAGUACGAAUACCAGAUAAGCAACUUAGCUGUAGACAUGAGAGACGGUGUCCGGCUAACUAGGAUUGUGGAGUUACUACUAUAUCCGACCGACUUAAGCCUCGCAGAUGGAGAGCGCUUGGGCCCGCUUUCACAAGGGCUGAAGCUUCCAUGCCUCAGUCGCACAGUAAAGCUGUUCAAUGUGCGAAUUGCUCUGGAUGCCUUGGCUUGCAGUAAGAGCUCCUACAAGCUGGUUCGUCGUAUCCGUGCGGAAGACAUAGUCGAUGGACAUCGUGAGAAGACCAUCGCACUUCUAUGGGGGCUUGUCAGCCAAUGGAGCCUCGCUGGGCUUGUCGAUUGGUAUGAGUUGAGAAAGGAGAUCAACCGUCUGAAGCAGAAGGCCGUCACUCAGUAUGGAUAUGAGUUGGUCAAGGAUGAGGGUUGGUUCAAUGGAGAUUUUGAAGGAUUGUAUGGGAAGAGUGACGAUGCUACAUCGCUGCUUCGACAAUGGGCCUCUAUCCUGGGAUGUUUGAAAGGUCUACGUCUUGAGAACUUCAGCACCAGCUUCGCGGACGGCAAGAUUUACGAAAGCAUUGUGGAUGAGUACGAGAGCUACAUACUCAAAGGGGAUCAACCCCUGUCUACGGAACUCAAGGGGCUACCAUUCUCGCUGCAAUCUCGCCUCAGGGCGCUGGGAUGCAGUGCACAGCUUGCGUAUCUCAUUUCCCCUGGUUCUUCAAGGUCGCACAUCCUCGACAGUGACUUCACACUGGGAGCACUCACCUUCCUCUGUUCUCGAUUUCUUUCCGCAACUAAGCGUGCUCGCGCAGCGACAGUUUUGCAAAGGAGAUGGCGACAAGUCCUCGCGAACCGGAAUCUCCAACGGCGGACAGUCGCCCGGGACGUCGCUAGACAAUGCGCAGCCGUCGUGCAGACAAGAGACCGAAUCCUCUGGGCCAAGGACAUCAUCAUCCUGUGGUGGAGAACAUUGAAAGCGAAGCAGCAACGACACAACAGCACAGACAGCCGUUACCAGGCUUUGUUAAUCCUCGCCACUUUGACUCCCGACUACGAAUUCGACUUGCUGACCAUGACAUCAUUCCUCGAUUCAUCUGACCAACACUUCAUUUGUCUUUCUGCCUAUCACCGUCCGGUCCUAGAAAACGAUUGGGAGUUGUUCGGGUGGACGGACGCAUUUGCAUUAGUAUAUGCUUACUUACUUGACUGUUUGGUGGUGGUGGAGGGGGACUAUGAUGUUAUGUUAUAUGUUAUAGUUUUCUGGGUUGUUUGUUUUGGUAUCCUGUUAAACCGCGCAAUACAUCCUAACAUGACAAUUAUUCAAGUCUUCCAAGACCGAAGUUACUAA